AUGGCGUCCUCACCCCCCGUCACACCACCAAACCGCGACCCCGAAGACGAGGACGACUUUCGCUUCCAGACCAACGGUACAGCCUGCGAAUGGGGCGAGUCGUACCAUCCCGGCGGCUACCACCCCGUCGUCCUAGGUGACACGCUCCAAGACCGCUACCGCAUCAUCCGGAAACUCGGCUAUGGCUCCUUCUCAACCGCCUGGCUCGCCGUCGACCUCCACGCCAACUGCUUCACCGCUCUCAAGAUCGCCGUCGCCAACCUCGACACAAAAGCCGCCGACCACGCCGUAGCUCUCUACCGCUCCCUUCCCCCAGACUCAUCUCACCACAUCGUCGCCCUCCGCGAUUCCUUCCACAUCCAAGGACCCAACGGAAAACACCUCUGUCUCUCCCUAGACCCCAUCGGCCCGCACCUCAGCACCUUACUCAACCACCACGCCCAGGCCGACGGCCCCAACCAACCCCUCGACAACCUCCUAGACCGCCCCCUCCGUUUCCCCACCACCUCCCUCACCCGCCGCGUCUUACGCGACGCCCUCCUCGGCCUCCGCACCCUCCACGCCCACGGCAUCGUCCACGGCGACUUCCACCCGGGCAACAUCCUCGCCAACAUCCCGUCCCUCGGCGCACCUCUGACCGAUCCCGCCCUGGAAACCAAACUCCAGCAGCUUCCUAGUCAGGGCAAACCCUUGAUACGACGCGACGGGAAGACUGAUCUCUGGGCUCCGCCGUAUCUUCUUGCGCCUGCACCGCUGCGCAACGAGCAGUCCUCCUCCCCCCCAAAGAAAAUCGUCACGCCUGUAGCCCUCCGCGCACCGGAGGUCAUCCUCCGCCACAGCAACAAUGGCCCGCCUCCUCCCAUAGGCAAAGCCAUCGACACCUGGGCCUUCGGCUGUCUGAUCUUUGAGCUCCUAACCGGCCGUCCACUCUUCAUACGGCUGGAAGCCCUCGAUGGGGACGGGGACGGGGAUGGGGACGAUACUGAAGGGAAUGAGCAGACGAAUGAUGAACAUCUUAUUCAGCUGAGUGAGGUGCUGGGGCCGUUGCCGGCGGGGCUGGCGGGACGGUGGAGAAGGAGGGAGAGGUAUUUUGGGCUGGAGGGGGAGAGGUUGAGGGUUAGGGAGGGAGGAGGGGAUGGGGGGAGUGAGAUGGGUGAGGAUGAUGAUUAUGGUGACGAUGAUGGCGGGGACGAUGAUAUGGGUGAUGUGGAUGCAACAUCGCCCAUUUCAACAUCCUCUUCUUUCUGGCUGGCAGAUGUAGAAAAGUUUGCGCCGCUGGAGGAUCAGCUGCGGGACAACAAGCCAGAUGACAUGAGCGACGACGAGGUGGAGGAGGUUGCGAAACUGAUACGGUGGAUUUUGGACUAUGAUACGUCUAAACGUCCCUCGGUGGAGGCUAUUCUGGAACAUCCAUGGUUUAAGAGUUUGUAG